AUGAUAAACAGCGCAGGACAAAGGAGAUGCGCUGUUUGUGGAGACUACCCUGCUAAGAUCCACUACGGUGUACUAGCAUGUUUUGGCUGUAAGGGAUUAUUUCGUCGAGCUGUCAAAGAUGGACGGAACAAGUACGUAUGCACAUUCGACAAGAACUGCGAAGUUACAAAGUUCGAGCGCAACGCUUGUCGAUAUUGUCGAUUCCGGAAAUGUUUGCUCGUUGGCAUGAACCCUGAUUUUGUCCGACCUAUUAGGGAGGAAGUGCGGGAAAAGCUUCGUGGCCAAAAAUCGCUGUUGUCCAAGAAGAAGAGCCUAAGAAGAACAUUAUCGGGUAGAAAUGAUGGUGAUGACUGGACUCUGCAGUUGCCCAGCCAUUCUAGGAAGCUUUUGAAUGAGCUGAACGCUUUGGAAAAUGAUGUGCAAACUCUGACAGAUUCCGCUUAUGAUGCAGUUGGUGAUUUUUCUCUAAAAAGUCUUAUUGCUGAUCGUACGCUGGCCAGAAAAAGCAGCGCUAACCAAACUCGAAUACCUGCCAAACAAGAUCUUGCUCCAGGCUUUCUCUCUAUUCAAAGGGUGGUGGCAACAACUGAUUUUAUAGAUGGGCUUGUUUCCAUUAUCGAUAAAGAUAUGUCAUGUAAAACUACUGUGGAAGAUAAAGUUUCGCUAAUCAGUUCUACAUUUCUUACUCUGAACCUUCUCGAUGAUGCUGCUCGAGCUAUAGCUAAAGAUUGUUCAUUUUAUACAGAUGAGCUGACAAAAGCUGUUGAACAUUACCAAAUGUGA